UGUCGCAAACUACACGUACUACUCUGACUCUCACACUCUGUUACCUUUGACGACACGUACGUACGAGCUUGUCAGAGAUGAUGGCGUCGGCGGCGCUGCUGCUGGUGCUGCGGCUGAUCUGGUCGGCGCAGGCGCAGGCGCCGGCCGGGCCGCCGGCGAGCUGCCCGGACAGCUGCGGCGACGUGAGCGUGCCGUACCCGUUCGGCGUCCGCGACGGCUGCUUCCUCCCGGGGUUCGGCCUCACCUGCGACGCCGCGCGCGGGGCCCCGCGGCUGAUGAUCGGCAACGGCACCCUGCAGGUCGUCAGCAUCUCGCUGGCGAACUCCACCGUGCGCGCCCUCGACCUCGCCGGCGCCGUCAACAUGACCUACGACGGCUCGUCGCCCGACGGGUCACCCCACUUCAACGGCACCUGGGCCAGCCUCGGCGGCGGUGGCGGCGACGACGGUCCGUACGUCGUCUCCGAGGAGCGUAACCGCCUCGUCGUCACGGGGUGCAACGUCCAGGCCACGCUGGCUGGGCAGAGCACCAACUUCAUCACCGGCUGCUCCUCUUUCUGCCCGGUCAGCGAGAUGUUCACCAGCGUGGAGAGCACCCUCGUCCCCGGCGGCGGCGGCAGCGGCAGCGCGGCCUUCUCCUGCUCCGGCACCAGCUGCUGCGAGACGCCCAUCGCCGUCGGCCGCCCCUCCUACCUCGUCAAGCUGAGCUACCUGGACCCGAACCAAGAGCUCAACGGCAGGCUGCCCAUAUCCGUGCGCAUCGCCGAGCGGGGAUGGUUCGCCGGCGUCGCCGCGGAGGUGCUCAACAGAACGGAGAAGGAGAUGGCCCAGAUGCCGGCUCCGGUGGUGCUGGAGUGGGCGCUGUCGUCCAUACGAGAGGUGGUGCUGAGGGGAGCGUCCGGCGGAGCGCCUGCCAACGACGGCAACUGGUCAUGCCCGCCGGCCAACAAGAGCGCCUGCCUGAGCGGCAACAGCAAGUGCCUCAACGUCACCGGCAACUACCGCAGCGGCUACGUGUGCCGGUGCGAGGAGGGGUACGACGGGAACCCCUACGUCGCCGGCGGAUGCCAAGACAUCGACGAGUGCGAGCGGGCGGAGGAGCACGGCUGCUUCGGCGAGUGCACCAACACGCCCGGAGCGUUCAUGUGCCGGUGCCCACGCGGUGCUCGUGGAAAUGCCCGCAUCCCAAAUGGCUGCGUCAAAUCUAAUCUAGGUAUAAAUAUUGGUAUUGGAAUUGGCAGUGGCGCUGGGCUUUUGGUCGUGGCAUUCGCUGCUGGCUUUUUAACACGAAAAAUUAAGAAGAGGAGAGCAAGAAUGUUGAGACAAAAGUUCUUCGAACAGAACCGUGGCCAUUUGCUGCAACAGUUGGUGUCUCAGAAUGCUGACAUUGCUGAAAGGAUGAUCAUCCCCUUGGCAGAACUGGAGAAGGCCACAAACAAUUUUGACGAAUCGCGUGAACUCGGAGGAGGAGGGCACGGCACCGUGUACAAAGGGAUCCUAUCAGAUCUUCAUGUUGUCGCGAUCAAGAAGUCAAAAGUGGUAAUCCAAAGAGAGAUUGAUGAGUUUAUUAACGAGGUAGCCAUUCUCUCGCAAAUUAACCAUCGUAAUGUGGUGAAACUUUUUGGAUGUUGCCUUGAGACAAAAGUACCAUUGUUGGUGUAUGAAUUCAUAUCAAAUGGUACUCUUUAUCACCAUCUUCAUCUCGAAGGACCAACAUCAUUGCCAUGGACAGAUAGACUCAGAAUUGCAACCGAAACCGCUAUAGCUCUUGCCUACCUUCAUUCGGCUGUAUCAUUACCUAUAAUUCAUAGGGAUAUCAAGUCCCAAAACAUUCUAUUAGAUGGUUCAUUGACAACAAAAGUGUCAGACUUUGGAGCUUCAAGGUGCAUCCCAGCUGAACAAACGGGAGUCACCACUGCUAUUCAAGGAACACUGGGAUACUUAGACCCCAUGUACUAUUACACAGGACGUCUCACUGAAAAGAGCGAUGUUUUCAGCUUUGGUGUUAUUCUAAUAGAGUUGCUUACUAGGAAGAAACCAUACUCAUAUAGAUCGCCCAAAGAUGAUGGUCUUGUUGCACAUUUUACUACCCUACUCGCGGAAGGCAACUUGGAUGGCAUACUUGAUCCUCAGGUCAUGGAGGAGGGAGGAGAAGAAGUUAGAGAAGUAGCUCUGUUAGCUGUGACAUGUGCCAAGCUGAAAGCAGAGGAGCGACCGACUAUGAGGCAGGUGGAGAUGACACUCGAAAGCAUUCGAUCGUCUUCGCUGCAGCAGGAAGUGCCGCAUAGUGUGGGUGAAAAUAAAUCCAAGAAGAAUGGUGUCUCAUGGAGCUACCCGACAAGUGAUGGCACACACAUGGAGUCAACUAGGCAAUAUAGCCUUGAAGAAGAGUAUUUGCUGUCGUCGAGGCAUCCCAGAUAACCGAUUGUUUUGGGGAGUGUGAUUUCUUCCAAGUAUAUAUCAAAUAAUACUCUGUAUUCAACUGAUACUAUGUAUUAAUGUCUUAUUAAG